CCACCAACUGCCCACAAAUUUUCACCGCCACUGCGAUUCGGACGCGUUCUCGGAGCGAUUCUUCGUCGGUCGGUUUUGUCGUUGUCGUUUGUCGGCUUUUGGCCAACAAAAAUAGAAAACAUUUGUGAAUAAAUCCGGGCAUUUCGGUGCGAAAAGCUGAAUGAAAAACCGUGAAUAAAAGCCAACAACAGCAACAAAAUCGGCGACUGCGUUUACGGUCGUAACUGUAAAUUGCUCGACUGCUAUUAACAGCAACAACUACCACACAAAAAUUAAAGAGAAAAAAAAAGAAAAGAACGACACCAGAAGUUUUGAUUUAUUCUAAUUAAAAAGGCCACGAUAACCAACUCUGUCCGAAUCAAAGGUGACUGACGACAAUGUGCAGACGGUCGCUGGCUGAAGUCGCUGGCAGGAGACAGCAGUUGCAGCAGCUGUGAACGUGGCUGUGGCAGAUACUUUUUAUAUUGACCAACACGACAUGCGUUUUUGCAGCUCGGCCAACCACGCUGGCAGAUGAAUUGAAUGGCAAAUGCCCUCCAAACCUUAAGGCCGGGGCCCAACAAACUUGACUGAUAGCUUAAACUACUUACUAGACCCAACACACCAACCAAGCAAACAAUUUUUGUAAUUAUUGCUAAGAGACUUUUGCAAGGAAUUCGUCAUAUGCCAAAUAUGUGUUGCACCAACUGAAGCUGAAUAUAUAGACACCAUUACUUACCGCCACAAGCAUCAUUGAAGCACAUCACUCGCCAGCCAACCUCAAGGAGCACGCUCGCAGCUGAGACACGGAGUGAACUGAGAAAGCCAUGGGCAACCAAUGCUGCAGCAAGCGUCAGGAUCAGGAAUUGGCACUGGCCUAUCCCACUGGGGGCUACAAGAAAUCCGACUACACCUUCGGCCAGACGCACAUCAACAGCUCUGGCGGCGGCGGCAACAUGGGCGGCGUACUCGGCCAGAAGCACAACAACGGGGGCUCCCUGGACUCGCGCUACACCCCGGAUCCCAAUCACCGGGGUCCUCUGAAAAUCGGCGGAAAGGGCGGCGUUGACAUCAUCAGACCGCGCACCACACCAACCGGCGUGCCUGGUGUGAUGCCCAAGCGAGUGGUGGUGGCCCUCUACGACUACAAGUCCCGCGACGAGUCCGAUCUGAGCUUUAUGAAGGGCGACCGCAUGGAGGUCAUCGACGACACCGAGUCCGAUUGGUGGCGCGUCGUGAAUCUGAGCACCCGCCAGGAGGGUCUCAUCCCGCUCAACUUUGUGGCCGAGGAGCGCAGCGUCAACAGCGAAGACUGGUUCUUUGAGAACGUGCUGCGCAAGGAGGCCGACAAGCUUCUACUGGCCGAGGAGAACCCACGUGGCACUUUCCUGGUGCGACCCUCGGAGCACAAUCCCAAUGGCUACUCGCUGUCAGUGAAGGAUUGGGAAGACGGACGUGGGUAUCAUGUGAAGCAUUAUCGCAUCAAGCCGCUGGACAACGGUGGCUACUACAUUGCCACCAAUCAGACCUUCCCCUCGCUCCAGGCUCUGGUCAUGGCCUACAGCAAAAACGCUCUCGGCCUGUGCCACAUACUGUCGCGUCCCUGCCCCAAGCCACAGCCCCAGAUGUGGGAUCUGGGACCGGAGCUGCGUGACAAGUACGAGAUUCCGCGCUCGGAGAUUCAGCUGCUGCGGAAGUUGGGUCGCGGCAACUUCGGCGAGGUGUUCUACGGAAAGUGGCGCAACAGCAUCGAUGUGGCCGUUAAGACUCUGCGCGAGGGCACCAUGUCCACGGCUGCCUUCCUCCAGGAGGCGGCCAUCAUGAAGAAGUUCCGCCACAACCGCCUGGUAGCUCUUUACGCAGUCUGCUCUCAGGAGGAGCCCAUCUACAUUGUGCAGGAGUACAUGUCCAAGGGCAGUCUGUUGGACUUUUUGCGCGAAGGCGACGGCCGCUACUUGCACUUCGAGGAUCUCAUCUACAUAGCCACCCAGGUGGCCAGCGGCAUGGAGUAUCUGGAGUCCAAGCAGCUCAUCCACCGCGAUUUGGCGGCCCGCAACGUCCUCAUUGGCGAGAACAAUGUGGCGAAGAUUUGUGAUUUCGGACUGGCCCGCGUUAUUGCCGACGACGAGUACUGCCCGAAGCAAGGCUCCCGGUUUCCGGUGAAGUGGACAGCGCCGGAGGCGAUCAUCUACGGCAAGUUCUCGAUCAAGUCGGACGUCUGGUCCUACGGCAUCCUUCUGAUGGAGCUGUUCACGUACGGACAAGUGCCCUAUCCGGGCAUGCACAGCCGCGAGGUGAUCGAGAACAUCGAGCGCGGAUUCCGCAUGCCGAAGCCGACAAAUCACUACUUCCCGGACAACAUCUACCAGCUGCUGCUGCAGUGCUGGGAUGCCGUGCCCGAGAAGCGGCCCACGUUCGAGUUCUUGAACCACUACUUCGAGUCCUUCUCGGUCACGUCCGAGGUGCCGUAUCGAGAGGUGCAAGACUAAGCCAAGAGUCCAGCCUAAUCACAAUCACGAACACACCCACACAUCACCUUGACACCCUCACUCAGCCACACAACCACACGUCGUACGAUAUAUAAAUAUAGUAUAUAAAGUUAUACAUACAUAUUAUACAUUUAUAUGCAUAUUUACUAUAAUUCUUAAGACUUUUUAAUGGCAUAGUUGCAUACCAACAAACCAACCAACCAACCAACACACGUGCAUCCACACGAACUCUAUAUGUAUGGUAUAUGUAUGUGUUUAAGCGUAUCUAAACAAUUCAGAAAAAAAAUCUAAAAAAAAAAUCAACAAAAAAAAACGUAAAUUGGAAGAACUACAUUUUAUAUUUUACACGCAAAACUAUUUUAUAAUUUAUAUACCUAACUGUAUGUACUAUGGAAAUAGAAAGUAUUUAACUAGUUUUGUAAGCUUAACGAGAUAACCGAUGAUGUGGGCGGAGAAAGCUGGCAACUCUAUUGAAUUUCAAGUCGAAUACAGCUACGAUUCAACGAUACUUUAAUCGGUGCUUAGGUUUUAUGUAUAAACAAUCCAAUCCACUCUACAACUAGAACUCUUUGAUCUUAUCCUCCCUUUGCUGAAUACCUUCUUCUGAUACUUUCCACGAAACCGAACACAAACACACACAGACACCAGAACCACUACCAAGACUAUCUACUAAGCCAAGAAUUAUUUGACUCAAUCAUCCGAAUCGAAA